CAUGGCGGACGGAGAAGCUGGUUCUUUGGUCCUCGGUGGAAGGCCUAUUGGCGAACUCAGGGUCGCUGAUCUGAAAAAGGAACUGGAAGGAAGGGGUUUAUCAAAGACAGGAGUUAAGAAAGAAUUAGUACAACGACUUUCAGAGUCUCUUCUCAAAGAACGAGGCAGUGAGUCUGGAGAUGAUAGCGAUGGACACCAAGAAAGAGGAAGAAAACAAAAUGCAGGUCGUGGCCACUCAUCAUCAAGGUCUUCUUCAGGUUCAUCAAGUUCAGGGUCAGAGUCACGUUCAAGGUCACGAAGCAUUGAUGAUAAGUCAAGUUCUAGUUCUGACUCCGAGUCGAGGUCAAGGUCGCGGUCUGCGUCUUCAAGUUCAUCCUCGGCUCCAGGCUCCCCAUCACCAAAGAAACAGAGUUCAUCCAAGAAGAUGGAAAAACCGGGGCGGGGUGUGGACAAUGGCACGUCACGAGUUGAAGAGAUGAAAGAAUCCUCAGCGCAGCGCAGUCCUCUCAAGUUGAAGAUCAGGAUGGAUAUGGCAUCACCAGAGAGAAGCCAUGUUGAAACUGUCGUCCCUCUGGCAUUCAAGGAGAAGAAGAAAGAACCAAAGGCUGUGGAAAAACAGGCGCCAGAGCCCUCAAAACCUGAAGCAGAUACAACUAAGGACGAAAAACAACCUAAAGUUGAAGAGGAAGACAUGGACGUCGGGAGCCCCCAGAAGGAAAAAGAUGUUGAAGUAGAGAGCCCCAAGAGAAGGAUUUCCAUUGAGGAUUCUCAAGGGGAUAAGAGGAUCACGGUCGAUAGCUCCAAAGAAGAUCAGCAAAUUGCAGUGACAAGUGUGAAGGAUGAUCGAAGGAUUGUUCAGGAGAAGGAAGAAGAUGAGUCCAACGACAGCCAGCCAAACUCAACCACAACGGAUGUUCUUGAUGUGAAGGAGACUGAUGAGAUUGAAAGGAAGGAAGAGGAUUUGAAGCAGGAGCCUCGGCCACCGAGGAAACGCCGCUGGGGCGGUCGCAAGGUCUCACCCAAGAGACAAAUAUCGAUCUCGUCCGAAUCUCUAAAGGGUCUGAUUCCUGAUGUGAAGCCAAUCUUGGCCGUGGACACACCAGCAGAGGUAGAAGUGGUGAAGGAAGAGGCUGCGUCAGACCAUGAGAAGGAGGAUGGAGAGGCUGAAGAUGACGGGGAUGAUGACGAUGAGCACAAGGAUAUGAAGAUCAGGAGGACAGUCACACAGGUUGUCAGCAGUGAAGACAGACGUGAAGUACUGGCUGAGGAGGAUCAUUUGAAGGUGCAGGAAGAUAUGGAGAUACCUGACGUUGAACCCAAAGUCAAAUCUCCACCACAGAUCAUCCGUAAACUCAGUCGUAGUAAGCCUCUAGUGGUGGCAGACGAACCCCAGAAGGCACGCCGGUCACCGUCGCCACCAAAACAUCCGACCAGCCGUGUCAUCCACAUCAGAAACUUGGUGCGACCGUUCACACUGCGGCAGCUGAAGGAGCUUCUGGAGAGGACAGGCAAGCUGACCGAGGGCGGCUUCUGGAUCGAUAAGAUUAAGAGUCACUGUCUUGUCAUGUAUGAAACUGAUUUGGACGCCUCGAAGACUAGACAAGCAUUACACAACACAAAAUGGCCGCUUUCUAAUCCAAAGAAUCUCAGUGUUGACUUCUCCACAGAGGCAGAGCUUGAAAAUUUCCAGGAUGCUGAUAAGCCAAUCAAAAGAGAGGUUCCAAAUGAGGCUGCCGUCAGAGAUCGUGAGCGAGAACGGCGGGAGAAAGAGCGCGACAUGGAUCAGCGUAAUCGCCGUGAGCCACCAAUAGAAAGACGGCCAUCCGGCCGGGAAUGGGAUCGUGCAAAGGUCGUGCAGAGGUCACCGAGUCCACGAGUGAAAUCUCGCGACAGGUCAAGGUCACGAGAACCCAAACGGCAGCCGAAAGAGAGUCGCGUGAAAGAGAGGAAGGAGCGUAAGGAGAAGAAGGUUCAGGAUGAGGAGCCGCCAGCCAAGCUGCUCGAUGAUCUGUUCAGGAAGACCAAGGCAACACCAUCGGUCUACUGGCUCCCACUCACAGAGCAACAGGCUCUAGAAGGUGAGCGUCGUCGCAUCCAGGAGGCGCUGGAUCGAGACAAGAGACGACAGGAGUUGGAGGAAAGGAUGCAUGCGGAGAGGAAGAAACGAGAGAUGGAGAGACUCGACAGGAGGAAGCGGGAACAAAUGGCACAACGAAAACGGAUCGACACAAAAUGGAGGAAGACAAUGCGAGUGGAGAAUAUCAACAAAGCCAAUCUCAUCAAGUUGGGGUACCGCGACCUGGCGCACUGGUUGGAGGACGAUAAUCAUGUCUACGUUGGACGCAACUUACACAAGAUGGUGCCCAGCUACUCAAAGCCUGGCGGUGAAAAGUGGGGCAACCCAUUCAAUAUGCAGACUUACUCAAGGGAGGAAUGUUGUCAGAGGUUUGAGCAGUAUGCCCGGGAGAAACUUGUCGGACAGUUGCACGAGUUGACAGGGAAAGUGUUGGGGUGUUGGUGUCAUCCACUCGCAUGUCACGGGGAUGUGCUGAUCAAGUUACAUAAGGAAUUCAUCGGGUAGGAUUGCAUUGCCUUGGAACGGACUGAAUCUGACUGACUCCAUUGGUGAAAUGUUAAACACAUCUUUGGCUGUGGUGUCAUACCAGUGCACUUUAUUUUAUUUCAGGGUGUCAUCAAAUUGUAACUUAUUCAUUUAACUGAGCAUUGACAACCCCGUAAGAGUGAUUUUAGUUUUGCUGCCAUUCGGCGAUUGACAGUCGAUGUGAAAAAAAGGGUGUGUGAAGCAUUCCGGUUUUACAGUCUCUUCUGGCUUCUCAUUCAGCGGCUGCCUUGAAAGAGUCAUUUGAUGAAAACAUUGGACAUGACUGAUUGGUUUGAAAUAUUACAAGUUUAUUUAUACGGAUUGUUAGAUUAUAACGAUUUAUUCGAUUUGGAAUAAACAAGAGAAAUUAUUGCAAAAUCGUAGUAAGUGAAAUAUCGAGUACAGGGGGUCACAAAAAACAAUCAAUCCUGAUGGUAUCAGGAACAACUUUAUUCUAUAAAUUAUCUAAGUCAAAACCAGUGUUUUUCCUGGCAUUUGAUUUGAACGCGUCGGACCUACCACUGUUCAUCAAGUUUUUGGCACAGCCACCAAUUAAGUUGGAUGCUUUUUAAAAAGCCAUAUUUACAUAGUUCCAUUAUGCAUUUUAAAUGGUUUUUGAGCCAUCUGAAUGCAUUGUAUGGUAGUUCAAAUGAUUCAUGGAGCUGUUUGGAAUGAUUUCAAAUUUGUUUUGAACUUGGCAGCCUGAGAUGGCGCCGUUUCAAAGGUGAUGGCUCCACGCGUUCAAAACAGUCAGGGAAGACACUCCAGGGUGGCCCAGAAUUAUUUUCCCUCACACAAUGGAUACACAAUAGAAUUCUAUUGUCCAAAGGAAAAUAAUUCUGGGCCACCCUGUAUAUACAUAAUUCUAAUUUUAGAGUGGUACCCUGCAGAUAAUAGAUAUACAUUGUACAUACUUUUAUCAGUGAAGCAGAAAUAAAAUAGGAUUUGUGUACAAUUCCGGUUAGUGAGUUUUUACUUUAUCAAGGUGAAUAAGGGGUUCACCCUACAAUUGAAAGUGUUAUUGUCCAGAACUUGGGGCCCAAUGUAUCUAACAAGGGGAUCAUUCCAACGCAAGGCCAGGCUAGAAAUCCAGGCUCUUCUCAGCCGUCAAUGGGACUAGAAUCCUGGUGGUUUGUAUUUGGUUCCUAUCUGUGG